AUGACCCAACCAGUAGAUGAAGAGGAUGGAGGCAGAGGCGUACCGGGAGCUGCAGGUCAGAAGGGGCUGAAAGGAAUCUCCGGUGCAAGUGGACCACCGGGUCCCCCUGGCCAGGUGAUCGGACUUCACAGGCUUGGUCAUCAUAAUUACCUGGAUCAGUCGGUACAAAAUCUCAAGACGCUACUGUACAUGUCUUCAACGGUGGAGAACUACAAAUUUCCUUUAGGCACCAGGGACAAUCCAGCUAUGACUUGUAAAGAACUCAUGGACAUUGACGACAUUCGGGAUGGUUAUUACUGGAUUGAUCCAAACCUUGGUUGCCCUGCUGAUGCCAUUAAAGUGUACUGCAACUUUACAGCUGGUGGAGAAUCCUGUGUUCCUCCUCUUCGGGAUAAAAUCCCUAAAAGGACCUGGAAAAGUGGCCCAGAAGCAACAUGGGAAAGAUUUUCAAAUCUUGAACAAGGUUUUAAGAUCAGUUACCUAGCCAGUAAAAUUCAGUUUAACUUCCUGCGACUUGUCAGCACCAGAGUCAGACAAACCGUGACAGUCAAGUGUAAGAGAAUUGUAGUAUGGUUCCAUAGGGCCACCAAAAGCCAUCGUUACUCGUGGAUCUUUCAUGGAAGAAAAGGAUUCGACUUUACACCGACAAGCAAUCCAACACCAAACGUUGCACUGGACUACUGCCAGGUAGUGUCUUUAGUAAAACUCUACUCUGGAGUUGAGAUGAGUUGGCAAGAGUUAAAGUAAUUAUUAAACUUAAUUAUUAAUUUAAUUGUUAAACAGUGUUUGAGA